UAACCGAUCUCUCUGUCUUGAUACUUCAUUUGAAUUCAAAAAUCAAUUUCUCGCUUUACCGCCAAACCUAGGACUUCAAUCAAUCCAAUUAGGUUUUCAUCCGUCCUCUUCGAGACCUCAAAAUCACUGGCACGAUCAAAUGAAGUUGAAGAUCAACAAAGCGUGCGAUCUCAGCUCCAUUUCGGUCCUUCCUCCUCAAUCAAGGAGAUCAAGUUCUAUACCUGUUGGACCACAACAAGCAUCACAGAUUCGAUCACAACAAUCACAGCAGUCAUUUUCACAGGGGUUUUCAUCUCAGCAUGGCAUGUUUUCUCAGAUCUCUCAGACUUCUCUUGAUGAAGCUCUGACAAAUGGUCAGAGAUUCAGUUCACAGGAGCGAGAGAACUCUGUGAAGAAGCCAUCUUGCUUACCAGUAGUUAGCUAUAGACGUGAAGAUAGCCAAUUACCAAUAUCUAGAUCGUCUUCCAAUCUAAUACGCAAUUGGAGUGCUGCUCCUGUUCCAGAUCAUAAAUAUCAGAUAAAUGAAGAACUUCAUCACCGGAUUGGAAUGAUGGAAACCUCCUUAACCAAGUUUGGAAUGAUCUUGGAUUCUGUUCAGAGCGAUCUUAUGCAAGUAAAGAAGGGAAUAAAAGAAGUAUCACUGGAGACGGAAGGCAUGCUACAGAAGUUGAUUGUCCUUGACACCUCACUGAAGCUAACGAAUACGGGACAAGAAGAUGUCAAAUUCAGCCUUGAGGGGAGCCUGAAAUCUUUAUCAGAACAACUAAGCAAGGAUAGAUAUCAAGAUAAUUUGCAGCAGAUAUUCUUGGUGCUUUCUACCUUACCAAAGCAGAUGGAAAUGUUUCUGUACAAACUACAAAAUGAGCUAUGCACAACCUUCACCAAAGAAAUUCAGGCAAUGGCUUGCAGCGUGAAGACCCCCCUCGACCAAAAAAGUCAAUCAAUCACUGUAGUUCUGCCAAAGGUUACCGGGAAUCAUGUCACUCCACCGAGAAGGACAGAGCCAGUAAAGAAUCCAGCUUUGCCUCCAAAGGUUUCUGUGCAUGCAAAAAUAGUUCCAAAGAUGGAAACAGGAGGUUGGAAGUCUGUAAAGGUGGAACAACGCUCAUUUACACGAGCGGCAUCCCUCAGGGAGCAGAAACGCAACAAAGUUUCUUCAGAUCAACAGGAAAAACAAAGUAGAGUUAUCAUUGAUUCAGAUGAGGAGAUUGAGGGAGGUUUUUCUUGCUUGAUUGAUGUCAAGGAAACAGGCAUCAGAAACCCCAUAUUGGAUGUGUCGAAGGAAGAGACUGCAAGAAUUUUGAGAAAAGCUAGGAGGCAAAAGAGAAAAUACUGUAAUCCUAUCAUUAUUAAUUGAAGGUAUACUUGCGCGUUUGUAUUUGCUUUAUUCCAAGCGCACACACUUCCAGUUGUUGCUGAAUGCUGAUCUUAAUCUUCAUUGUUAAUUAAAAUCCUUGCUGUUCCUUUUAA